CACGAGGAGCUUGUAUCCGAUCUGGACCGCUUGCCAACUGAACUCCUAUAUCAUAUUUUUAUUCACUGUCUUCCCAAAACCGGCUACACGUUGCCCAACUCAAAAUCACCUCCUAUGUUACUCACCAGAAUAUGCCGACGCUGGAGGGAGGUUGCUUCGGACAUGCCCUCCUUAUGG